UAAAUUAAUGUUAAGAGAUCCAAUUAAGCUACACUGUAUAAUAUUUGUACAACAUUAUUAGAGCUCUUAGUUGUUAUAAAACACUUGUUUAAGCUAGUAUAAACUCACAUAUUUUCCUAUUCUUUAGCUAUAUUUUAUCCUUUCAUGGCUUGUCUAAUAUCCUCUCCUAACCUUGUUCAAGGCAUGCUAGUAGAACAACCUUCCCACAAUCAAUCAUUCUCUCAUGCAUGGAACCUAAACAAAACCUCAAAUCAUGCCUUGUUUUCUAAAAGAUGCCGCUUAACAAAAAACCGUUCCUUCAAGUCUAGUAGAACGGUAAGAAGUGCAUUAGUCGAAAGGUUACAAGGAUCGUCGUCUGUAGAGGAAGAAAUAGAGAGUGAGUUUAUUCGCGAGCUGAAGCAAGACCUUCAAGCAGAGGAAGGUCCAAGGUUUUUGCGAGAAAUAUGGAGGGAAGUUCAAGGACUCAACGAUUGGGAGGGGCUACUAGACCCCUUGAACUCCCAUCUGCGGCAAGAGAUACUUCGAUAUGGGGAGUUUGCUCAAUCUUCCUAUGACUCCUUCGACUUCGACCCUCACUCAAAGUAUUGUGGGUCUUGCAAGUAUGGACGUGCAGAGCUCUUUGAGAGGAUGGACAUGGCACAUUAUGGCUAUCACAUCUGCCGAUACCUUUACGCAACCUCAAACAUCAACUUAGAGAAAUUUUUCCGGAAAUCAUCAAGCAUCAGGAGCAUAUGGAGCCCCCAUGCAAAUUGGAUGGGGUAUGUUGCAGUCACCAGUGAUGAAGAGGAGAUCGAGAGGCUUGGGCGCCGAGACAUACUCAUCGUGUGGCGGGGCACAGUCACGUAUUUAGAGUGGAUCCAUGAUCUUAAGAACAUACUCCGCCCUGCCCACUUUAGAGAUAACCCACUUGUCCAAAUUGAAUCAGGGUUUAAUGAUCUAUACACCACCAAGGAAGAAAACUGCAAAUUUUGCUCAUUUUCAGCUCGUGAGCAAGUCCUUGCAGAGGUAAAACGGCUUGUAGAGCGAUUCAAAGGUGAGAAGCUCAGCAUAACAGUGACAGGGCACAGCUUAGGGGGAGCUCUCGCGCUACUAAGUGCAUAUGACAUAGCCGAGAUGAGGCUCAACAUCGUUCGAGAUGAGAAGAAAAAAACUAAGAAAAUACCAGUCACGGUAUAUUCCUUUGCAAGCCCUAGAGUCGGAAACCUUAAGUUCAAGGAAAGGUGUGAUGAGCUAGAAGUUAAACAGUUGAGAGUCGUCAAUGUCCAUGAUAAAGUCCCUACUAUGCCUGGCCUCAUUGCCAAUGAGAAGAACAAGCUACAAAAGUAUCUCGAGGACACGGUCCAUUUCCCUUGGAGCUAUGCUCAUGUUGGGACCGAGUUCGCAUUGGACCAAACCCAUUCACCUUUCCUCAAGCCCUCCGCAGACCUAAGUUGCGCCCACAACCUUGAGGCGCACUUGCACCUUGUCGAUGGCUACCGUGGAAAGGGAAGGAAAUUUAGUCUGGCCAACAAGAGGGAUAUUGCCCUUGUUAACAAAGAUUCCGACUUCUUAAAGAGUGAGUAUGGCAUCCCACCUAGAUGGAGGCAAGAUCACAACAAGGGAAUGGUGAGGAACAGUGAAGGCCGGUGGGUAGUGCCGGAUCGAGCCAGGGUCGAGCACCACCCACCCGAUACAGCCCAUCACUUUGCCCUUGCCAUGAAGGUUGCCCAUGACCCACAAUUCAACGUCUAAGGGGCCUACAAUAUGGUGUAUAAUGCAUGCUAAUUUGGUGUUACACCGUUACGUAUACCUUAAUUAUGGUUUGUGGUUCUUAUUAUAGGGACAAUAUUACAUUGAUGAUGGACAUGGACAUGCACAUGCUACCUACUGAAUGAAAUACUGACAAACUAUGGCUUCGGAAUUUCUGAUGUAUAGAUAAUAAUAAAACUAAUAACGUUGUCAAAUGUCAAGUUGUAUUAGGUUGAUGGUCCUUAAUUUUGAAAUGUUGUCUGUUGUCAAGCUUUGGAACUGUGCAUAUGUAUGUAAUGUAAAACGUAGAGAUUCCUCAGCUUCCUACUCAAUUGGACGCAGAUGCUGAAAAUAACAAUUUGAUGUGAAUAAUUAAAUGUAUUUAGGUACGUAUAGACGUACAGUUGUAUAUUCCAUCCGUCCUUAAAAGAUUGUCUUAUUUUUUA